AUGUCUGUGAAUGAAGUGAAUGACGGGGCAGGUUGGGACUUGUACCUGUCACCAUCAGGUCCUGAGGGACAUGUCCCAACAGAGCUCCGUCCAGAGCUUGACUCUGAUUGGCUGAUCUGUCAGAAGGAGAUGUUCCUGGUUGACGGAGAAUCGUCAGUGACGCAGUUGACCACUGGUCCCAGUGAAGAGUCGUCACCGACACUGACUCUGACGUUCUUCUUCACAGCUUCAGGAGGACGGUGGAACUGCACUGAGUCCCUGCUGUCAGGAGUCCAGUGGGUCGAUGCCGGGGACGGUCACGUGGUCGCCAUUGGUCAGAACCAACAGGCGUUCAGACUGACUGGAUCAGGUUGGUCCAACCUGGGCUCACGGAGGCUGGAGCACGUGACGGUGGGCGCCGCAGGAGUCUGGGGAACCGACGAGUCCAAGAGAGUCUACAAAUAUAUCUCUGACGACUUUGAACACGUCCCAGGUAUGAUCUUGAGUCAAGUGGACGCCGGUGGAGACGGUGCGGUCGUCGGCAUACGCCUCGGUUUCUUUGGCUUCAACUCCAUCGCCUGCCUGAAGAAAAGCUUUUCCACGUCCGUCGUGGGCGAUGGUCAGCUGCAGUGGAAGACGGACUCGAUGUUGAUGAAGUACAUCAGCUGUGGUCCACAGCUGGGCUGCUGGGGGGUCAAUAUGAACAGGAUCUACUUCACAGAGAGUUUCUCACCCACAACCUGUGAAUCCCAGGGAUGGAGACAUGUGCCGGGGCCAAACAUGAACAUGAUCAAAGUGGGGAGAGACGGAGAGGUGUUUGGACUGUCUGAAGGAUCGGUGUUCAGGAGAACUGGUAUAACCUUCUACAACAGAGAAGGCAGCGGUUGGGAGAGAGUCCAUCUUAGUUCAGGUCAGGACGUCAAACACCUGACCUAUGACCAGGAUCAACUCUGGGUCGUGACCACGGACAGUCUUCUUCUGAAGUGCUCUGGAGCUCGGAGCAGCUCUGUGUUGAUGAUGAUUGUCGGUUCAUUAAUUGUUUCACUUUUGUUCCACUGACUCCUUCAUGUGUAAAUAGACUGUACAGAAAUUAUUAUUUUAUUUUUUAAUCAAAUGUAUUUAUGAUUUCUUCAGUGUCCUCAUGUUUUCAAAAUCACUGCACUCAUUAAAAGUCAAAAUUAAUUAUUAUUUGAUGUUGUUGUCGUAACAUCCUUGUACAUGUACAACUAAAAGGU